GGCGCCACCUGCUGGGCCCAGAAGCUGGGGCGACGCCGGGUCAUGUCUGGCCCUGCGCUCAGCUCAGGGCAUCCUCACGCCAGUGGGGGGCGGAGGGGGGGUGCCGUGGGAAGUGGACAGGAGGGCGUAGACCAGCCCCCCAGGCCAUAGCGCCCAGAGCGCGGCAGUGUGGUUCGGGGGGUACCACCACUGGCCCGCCAGACAGUAAAAAGUGGCUUCAGGCUAGAGCGCCCCGAUCCUCUGUUUCCUCACCUGAAGAAACGGUGACGGUCAGGAUCCUGUCUACCCUGGGGUCAGAAGCCGCCCGGUCUGGUGUCCUGUCGGGAGAGGAAGGAUGGAGAAGCCGGGACGCCGGGUCUCCUGCUCUGACAUGAAGAUGGCUUUGCGAAACGACUCGAAUGCAAGAGUCAGGAGGCACUGCCCUCCGAGGGGAGCCGCUGCCGCUGAGUUUGGUGCCUGAGCAGAGACGUGCUGCUGAGAGCAUGACGAGCGAGGUGAUCGAGGACGAGAAGCAGUUCUACUCCAAGGCCAAGACGUACUGGAAGGAGGUCCCGGCCACCGUGGACGGCAUGCUCGGGGGGUAUGGCCACAUCUCCAGCAUCGACAUCAACAGCUCCCGGAAGUUCCUGCAGAGGUUUCUGAGGGAAGGCCCAAACAAGACAGGGACCUCGUACGCCCUGGACUGCGGAGCCGGCAUUGGGAGGAUCACCAAGCGGCUGCUCUUGCCUCUCUUCGGAGUGGUGGACAUGGUGGACGUGACAGAGGACUUCCUGGUCAAGGCCAAGACCUACCUGGGCGAGGAGGGCAAGCGAGUGAGGAACUUCUUUUGCUGCGGCCUCCAGGACUUCAGCCCCGAGCCACAGUCGUACGAUGUGAUCUGGAUCCAGUGGGUGAUAGGCCACCUGACCGAUCAGCACCUGGCCGAGUUCCUGCGGCGCUGCAAGCGGGGCCUGCGUCCCAACGGCAUCAUCGUCAUCAAGGACAACAUGGCCCAGGAGGGUGUCAUCCUGGACGACGUGGACAGCAGUGUGUGCCGCGACCUGGACGUGGUGCACAGCAUCGUCCGCAGCGCGGGCCUCAGCCUCCUGGCGCAGGAGCGGCAGGAGAACCUCCCGGACGAGAUCUACCACGUCUACAGCCUCGCCCUGAGAUGAGCGGGCCGGCGCAACCAGGGACCAGUGUGGGACCGGGGGACUGGCGGCCGGGCAGGGCCCAGAAGCGCCACGUCGGUGGUUCGGGAGUGUUGAGCGGGGCCACUAAAUACAGCUGUCUGCCGUCCACUGCCAAA